UCACCUUUUAUUCAUAUAUUAUUCGUUUUAAAAUCAUAUAUAAAUAAAAAUGAAAAAUAUCAAUUUGAUUGUCGUUUUAUUGUUGGCGACCAUUUAUUCAACAUAUGCUGCAAGAUAUAUUCGAUCAGUGAAAGGUGGUCGAGGUUUUGGUGGUAGCGCUGGUGGUUAUCAAUCUUCAUCACCACUUUCACCAUCUCGUACACGAUUUAGUGGUGGUGGUGGUGGUGGUGGCCUUUCAUCAUCAUAUGGUGGUAGUUCCAGUGGUUUUCCUUCAUCUGGUGGAUCAUUAGGUGGUAGCUAUGGUGGCAGUGGUGGAGCUCCAACUAGCACUGGUUCAUAUGGUGCUGGUGGUGGUGGAUUUGGUGGUGGACAAUAUGCAGAAGAAGAGCAUCCAGCACCAGAACCAUAUAACUUUCAAUAUGCUGCCAAUGAUGAAUAUGGUAAUAAUCAAUAUCGUAAUGAAGAACAAGAUCAAAGUGGUACCAUUCGUGGAUCAUAUGGUUAUACAGAUGCAAAUGGUUUAUAUCGAGUUGUCGAUUAUGUUGCUGAUAAUGAUGGUUUCAGAGCAUCGAUUCGAUCAAACGAACCAGGUGGUUUAACUGAACCAAACCCAACGACUGGUUCGGUUGAUAGUCCAGCCGAUGUUCAAUUGUCACCAGAUACAGUACCAGCUUCGGUUAGGCAACAACAAGAACAAUAUACUUCGGCAGCUGCUGGUUCUGGAAGAUAUCGAGGUGGUGGUAGCAGUGGCGGAUAUGGUGGAAACGCUGGUACAUCUGGCGGUUCGGGAUAUAGUGGUGGUUCCAGUAGCGGCGGCGGAGGUGGUGGAUUUAGUUUUGGUGGUGGUAGCAGCUCUCAUGGUGGUGGUGCUUCUGGAUAUGGUGGUGGAUUUUCUGGUACCAGUGGUGGUGGUGGUGGUGGUAGUAGUAGCGGUGGUUAUAGAGGUGGUGCUGCUGGACCUAUUACACAGCAAAAAUUGUCUGGAAAAUAUUGAACUUAAACACAAAAUGCGGCCGAUAUUCUCAUUUAUAAAACAAAAACAAAAAAAAAACAUCAUCCACUUCCGAUUUUUUUUCUACAUUCCUCAC